AUGGGGGUGGCGCACCGUCGGGCCAAGUCCUGGCUCGAGCGCUGCUCUCUCAAGGUCUUGGAGGGGGAGGCCUGGCUGCAAGAGGCGCGUGAUGCUGAAGACCUUGCGGUCACGGCUGCUGUCGAGGCCAAGCGCUCGUGGGAGGAGGCCUGUGCGAAGCAGCUUCCUCAGCCAGCGGCGGCGCCACCCGCUGCUGCAGGCGCAUCGUCGCUCAACUUGUCCACGCUCCUUGGCGAAGACAGCGAGGUCGAAGGGCUCACCAUCGUCGACGGCCCGAUGUUCAGCACGGAAGGCCUCGACCUCGACCCUGCGGACUUUCGCGAGUGGGAGCGAGUCAAGACCAACCUUGCGGCUGGCAUCAAGGCCGAGAUCUCCAAGGCGCUCGGCUCUUCAGUGGAGCAGCUCGCUGCUCUACGAGCGGAGGCCAAGCAGGCUCUGAGAGCGACGGCGGCGGCGCUCCUUCAACCGGUGCCGCUGACGGGCCUGAAGAAGUUCGAGCUGCUGCCAGGCGCACCGCCAAGGAGUCCUGUGACACUACCCGAGCAGCGCAGCAGGGACUUUAGCAGGCCUACCUACCCUGGCUUGCCGUCGACCUUCUACGGUGACAUCUUCAUGAGCGCUGCGGAGGAGCUCGCCUUCGAUCCGGAAUCGUACCAAGCCAACCUCUACAAGGUCACGCUGUACGAUGGGCGCCCUGCGCCGCAGUAUGGCGACAUGUUCCUCACUGAGGCGGAGGAGGUUCACUUCCUCCCCGUCUCUCAGCCUUUGUCGGGCAUUCUUCAGCUUAAAGAUCAGGAUCCCCAGCGUAUCUGUGAGCUCGCUUGGCGCGCUCGGCGCAGCCAGCGAGCUCGCUAUUUGCAGAUGCUGCGGAACUUGGAGUCCGAAGAUCACGGUUCGUGGCAGGAGGAGCUGCAGCGGCAAGCGAUUGCGUGCAUGGAAGCUCAGGAGACCCUCGACACACGGGCGCCGCAGCGGCGGGUGCAGGGUGGCUUCCAGGUGGUACUUCCCUUUUUGCGGGCGUCCCCACCUUGCAGCGUCGCCCGACCGAGACAGUCAGGCGGCCUGCGCCCCUGCCCUCGGUCGGACGACUGGCUGCGCGAGCUCUUCGGCAAGUUCGCGGCCUUCUUCGUCUUUGGGAGCUGCAGCUACUGGCAGUUCUGCCUCGGCUUCCGCGCCCAGUUCGGGUUCGGCCAGUAUUGCGAGGAAUACCACCUGUGCUUCGAUUGCUACGAGUGGGUCUCAGGAGGCGUCAGCAGGAUGCUCUUCCAGCACGGGGGGGAUUUCCACGGGUGCUUCGAUUGCUCUGUCCUCGACUCA